AAGUCUCAAAGAAAUUUAUUGAGUUACAAAGAUAUUCGCCGAAAUGGAUAUCAUAUUGAGACAAAGGAAGAAGAGAAUAAAGAGUAUAUUAUGAUAACAAAUAUGGUCUCCGAUAAGAAAUACAUAUUGGAGAAAUUGCCUGCUAUUUCUUCUGGGUUGUACUACACGUUUAUUAGUACAAUUGAAACACAUGCAGUGGUAAACCAUAAGUUUACAAAUCUUGAUAAUUUUAUAGUUUGGCAUGACCGGUUAGGCCAUCCCGAAUUGAUUAUGAUGCAAAAAAUCAUUGCCAAUACACAUGGACAUCCAUUGAAAGGUCACAAAAUUUAUCAGUUUAAAGAUGUACCAUGUGUUGCAUGUUCUCGUGGCAAGUUGAUUAUACGACCAUCACCUGUGAAAGUAAGGAGUGAAACUCUUACAUUUUUAGAACGUAUACAUGGUGAUAUAUGCGAGCCAAUUCACCCACCAUGUUGACCAUUUAGAUAUUUUAUGGUUUUAGUUGAUGCAUCAACUAGAUGGUCACAUGUGUGCUUACUAUCAACUCGCAACCUGGCGUUUGCUAGAUUACUUGCCCAAUUGAUACGACUACGAGCACAUUUUCCUGAUUUUCCAAUCAAGAAACUACGUCUAGAUAAUGCUGGUGAAUUUAUUUCACAAACUUUCAUUGACUAUUGUAUGUCCACUGGGAUUGAUGUUAAACAUCCUGUAGCACAUGUUCAUACACAAAAUGGCCUUGCAGAAUCAUUUAUUAAGCGUUUGCAACUUAUUGCAAGACCAUUGCUUAUGAAAACAAGCUUGCCAAUUUCUUGUUGGGGACAUGCUAUAUUGCAUGCGGCAACAUUAAUUCGCAUAAGGCCAACAAGUUAUCAUGAAAUUUCCCCCUUGCAAAUGGUUUUUGGUCAGGAACCUAAUAUUUCCUAUCUAAAAAUAUUUGGGUGUGUCGUCUACAUCCCUAUUGCUCCACCACAGCGUGUUAAGAUGGGUUCUCAAAGGAGGUUGGGAAUUUAUGUUGGAUAUGAGUCCCCGUCAAUCAUAAAAUACUUAGAACCCUUGACCGGAGAUUUAUUCACUGCUCGUUUUGCUUAUUGUCAUUUUGACGAAUCAGUUUUUCCAACAUUAGGAGGUGACAACAAACAGCUAGGAAAAUAUAUUUGUUGGAAUGAAUUAUCAUUAUCUCACCUUGAUCCUCGUACUAGAUAAUGUGAAUUGAAAGUUCAAAAGAUAAUUCAUUUACAAGGUUUAGCAAACCAACUGCCGGAUUCUUUUACUGACCAGAAGAGAGUGACAAAGUCACACAUGCCAGCUGUAGAUGCUCCAGUGAAAGUUGAUGUCCCUAUUGGACAAUCUGAAAUUGAAAAUGAAUCUAAACCACGAAUGAAGCAUGGUAGACCAGUAGGUUCCAAUGAUACAAAUCCUUGAAAAAGAAAAAUUGUUAUGAAUCAAGUUGGUCAAAUCGAGGAUCUGAAAGCUCAAGAAGAGUCCCCAAGCAUAACUAAGAUUGUAGUUCCCGAAGAACAUCAGGUACCUGAAAGUUUUGAUAAUGAAGAUAUCUCAAUCAAUUAUGUCUUGGAUGGAAAAUGUUGGAACCGAAGUGAAAUAAUCGUCGACGAUGUUUUUGCUCACGCUGCAGCAUUGAGUGUGAUGAAUGAAAAUGAGGAUCAUGAACCAAGAUCUAUUGAUGAAUGCAAGUCAAGAGAUGAUUGGACAAAGUGGAAAGAGGCCAUUGAGGCGGAAUUAAACUCGCUUUCAAAGCGAAAGGUUUUUGGACCGGUAGUCCUUACACCAGAAAACGUAAAGCAUUGGGAUACAAAUGGGUUUUUGUGCGGAAAAGAAAUGAAAAGGGCGAAGUCGUGAGAUAUAAAGAACGUCUUGUCACACAAGGAUUCUCACAGACACCUGACAUUGGUUAUGAGGAGACAUAUUCUCUUGUGGUGGAUGUAACUACGUUUCGAUACUUGAUUAGUCUGGCAGUUCGAGAAGAACUAGAUCUGCGUCUAAUGGAUGUUGUGACAACCUAUUUGUAUGGAUCACUUGAGAAUGAUAUAUAUAUAUAUAUGAAACUCCCUGAAGGAUUCACUUUGCUAGAAGCAAACAAAAAACAUUCUCGAGAAAAUUUUCUAUCAAAUUGAACAAAUCCUUGUAUGUAUUGAAACAAUCUGGACGAAUGUGUUACAAUUGUAUCACUGAAUAUUUGAUGAAAUUCUUCAAAAAAAAAAAGAAUAUUUGAUGAAAGAAGGAUACAAGAAUGGCCCUAUUUGUCCAUGUGUUUUUCUAAAGAGAUCGGGUAGUGAGUUUGUUAUAAUAUCGGUUUAUGUUGAUGACAUAAACAUCAUUCGAACUCCCGAAGAGCUUCCAAAAGCAGUUGAUUGCUUGAAGAAAGAGUUUGAAAUGAAAGAUUUAGGAAGAACAAAGUUCUAUCUUGGAUUACAGAUUGCACAUUUGAAGGAUAGUAUUUUUGUGCAUCAAGAAGGAUAUGUUGAAAAGGUGCUUAAGCGAUUUUAUGUGGACAAUUCACACCCGUUGAGUAAUCUAAUGGUUGUAAGAUCACUUGAUGUGAAAAGAGAUCCAUUUAGACCUCGAGAAAGUGAUGAAGAUCUGCUUGGCCCUGAAGUGCCAUAUCUUAGUGCGAUAGGAGCAUUAAUGUAUCUAGCCAGUCACACGCGGCCCGAUAUAUCGUUUUCUAUGAAUAUAUUUUCAAGAUAUAGCUCUUAUCCCACUAAAAGGCAUUGGAAUGGAGUUAAACAUUUACUCUGUUACCUUCGAGGAACGACGGAUAUGGGCUUGUUCUAUUUGAGUGCAUCGAAGUUGGAUUUAGUGGGAUAUGCAGAUGCAGGAUAUCUCUCAGAUCCCCACAAUGGAUCUCAGACAAGAUAUUUGUUCUCUUGUGGUGGUACAACCAUUUCAUGGCGUUCCACAAAACAAACUAUAACAGCCACAUCAUCCAAUCAUGCUGAAAUCUUAGCAAUUCACGAGGCAAGUCGUGAAUGUGUUUGGUUAAGAUCUAUAAUUCGACACAUCAGAGAAUCGUGUGGACUAUCUCUAGGAAAAAUGAUCCCGACGAUCAUGUAUGAAGAUAAUGCAACAUGCGUUACUCAAUUAAAGGAAGGAUACAUUAAAGGAGAUAGAACAAAACAUAUUCCACCAAAGUUCUUUUUCACUCAUGAUCUUCAAUAGAGUGGUGACAUAAUUGUUCAAAAAGUUCGUUCAAGUGAGAAUCUAGCAGAUUUAUUCACCAAGUCACUCCCAUGACAAUCUUUGUAAAGCUUGUUCGUGAAAUUGGAGUUCGACGAAUCAAAGACCUUAGCUGAUGUGGUCAUGAGGGAGAGCAUAUACGCGAUGCACUCUUUUUCCCUUAACCAUGGUUUUUCCCACUGGGUUUUCAUGGUAAGGUUUUUAAUGAGGCAGCAUGAGAUAGCGUAAUAAUGCAAUCUAGUGGUCAUCCAAGGGGGAGUAUUAUGUAAAUAUUUAUAUAUGGAUGACCAAUGGCCUACCACAUUAGAUGCUCACUUGGGAGUUACAUGUAACUUCUAUUCCUAUAUCAUUAUCUUUAAUUCAUAUGCAUUGAUGUAAGGAUGUAGUGGUUACCAAAGGGUGCUUAUAAAUAGAGCACACUAUUGUAUCACAAAUGAAGUAUGAAUAAGAACUAUUCCCCUCUCUUCUCUUGUGUCUUUCCCUCUCUAAUCUUCUCUUGUAGUUGUUUAUAUUUUCCAUUAGUUUCAUAAAAUCUAAUUCAUUUUUGUCAAGAACCAGUUGCUCCCAAUAACUCGAAUUGUUGGGAGAGGUUCAAUUGUGGAUCAUAUACCACACACUAACACGCCCCUCAAACGAAAGCCACUCACAAGGGCUUGAAGUUUGCACAGGUCCGAAUACCAUGUGCUCUGAUACCAUGUCAAGAACCAGUUGAUCCCAAUAACUCGAGUUGUUGGGAGAGGUUCAAUCGUGGAUCAUAUACCACAACACUAACACACCCCCUCAAACGAAAUCAACUCAUAAGGGCUUGAAGUUUGCACAUGUAUGAAGACAAGAAUACCAUGUGCUUAACAAAUGGGGGUCACCGGGAAUCGAACACAAGACCUCUCGGUCACAGAAGGCUUUAAUACCAUGUCAAGAACCAGUUGAUCCCAAUAACUCGAGUUGUUGGGAGAGGUUCAAUCGUGGAUCAUAUACCACAACACUAACACGCCCCCUCAAACGAAAGCCACUCAUAAGGGCUUGAAGUUUGCACAGGUCUGAAGACAAGAAUACCAUGUGCUCAACAAAUGGGGGUCAUCGGGAAUCAAACACAAGACCUCUCGGUCACAGAAGGCUCUGAUACCAUGUCAAGAACCAGUUGCUCCCAAUAACUCGAGUUGUUGGGAGAGGUUCAAUCGUGGAUCGUAUACCACACACUAACAAUUUUUACUCUAUUUUAUACUUCGGAAAGUUAUUUACAAGUCUUGAAUCUUAAUUAAAGAAAACAAUACCCUCUUAAAUAUACUGCUUAGAGGGACUCUAUCUUCAAAUAAGUCAUAAUAUCAAGAAGUUUGCACUAAACUCCCUCUAUAGGUAAGAUUCUCACUCAAUACAAAGCAAUGAAUCGACUCACUCUCGUGCAAUUGAUGUCCUACUUUCCAAUCAAUGAUGCUCUAUUAACCUAACCAAAUAUUCUCUCUCCAAUGGUAAAGAUGGCAUUGCAAGAACGUGAUAAGGGCUCAAACAAUUCAAUAACUAUACACAAAUUGGAUAUAAACUAUGUGUUUAAACAAAUCAAAGUAUCAUACAUUCAUCUAUUCAACAAUCAAGACUAGGGUUUCUCAUACCCAAGCAAUAAGAGGGAUUAGUUCCUGAAGGAUGAGAGAACAAACACAGCAGGAGGAGCAGGGGGAGGAGGAGGAGGAGGAGGAGGAGGAGGAGGAGGAGAAGAAGAAGAAGAAUUUAGCUCCACGGUAGAAUCUUUAAUUGAUCGCUCUCAAGCUACUCCUAUGGUGUUCAAUUGCUGGAAAACACUCUUUCUAUUCUCUCUAUCUCAAUUUUUAGGUUAUGGUCGAGUUUGGUCGUCCCCCUUCAAAAAAACCUUAAAUCGGCUUAAAUAGAAAAACCUGAAGUGCGCGAACACGGCCAGAGGCACGGCUAUGCUCCAGGCCAUGUCUGACUCGACAUAUUUAUUCUUUCUUUGACUUGUAAAUUGCACUUCACAUGUCGAGCACGCCCAACAACACAGUCGUGCCCUAGGCCUUGUUGGGCUCCUAAAAUAUCUUCAAAUCACAUCAAAAUGCUUUUCAAAUUGUCUCGAACUCCAUUACUACCAUUGUUAGUGCGUCUUUUGCCCAAAUAUCAUCAAAUUCACUCAAGGUAACACGAAACACACUAAAACCACAAACCAAACAUAAAACGAGCAAAAACAUAUAAAUCUCAUCGAAAUGAUAGCCCAAACAACAUCAAAUGGGGAGUAAAAACAUGUCUAAUUUACGGUGUAUUAAAUACCCCCACACUUAAGUGUUCUCUUGUUUCCAAGCAAGUCAAACUCAAAAUCAUACAACUCGCUAGAACCUUACGAGAGUACGUCACUUUCAAUCGUCGGUAGUGGGUAAUAGUAACUUACGAGAUAAUCAAAGAAAAGAAAACUCAAAUUAUCCCAGUAAGGACAUUGCCCUCGAAUCGGUACAACACAAAAUAGUAAAUCUAGGAUAGAAGACUUGUGAAUGAGAGACUCGUAGAGAAAUAAAAGAGUGGACUCGUUUAUUAUUCUUCUUCUUUAAAGGCUCAAACUUUCGAGCUUCUUAGUAUUUGUCUUUGUUUCUCAAAAUUUUCUUGCAAAGAGUAAGGGAUCUUUCAAUCCUUAUUAUCUCGCAGCUAGAUCAGAAGUAAAAAUCACUUAUCUUUCAAACCCAUGCGGGGAAGCGAUGUAGAGAGAGGUGUCGGAAGCUUUAUCGGUGUCUUUUAAACACAAUUCCCAAAGAUGCACUCAUAUCCUUAAUGAAGAACUUUGGUGGUCGGCCUAAGUUUUGAUAUGUUGCCACGUCAUGUGAGAUAUAUAUAGAUUGCAGUCUCGUGACUUGAGUACAAUAAAUCGUCUCUUCUCUAUCAAGAUCAUGCGGAGGAGCGGUGUAAGGAAAAGUGUCUUAAAUUUUAUCCUUGCCUCCCAGACACAAUCCUCAAAGUGCUUUUCAAUCCUUAAAACGAGCCUUAAGCGGUUGCCUUAAGUACAUUGACCGACUACCCCAUUAAUGAUACACUAUAUAUAGUGUUUAUCACUCCCAUAUUUUAUACAUUUCCCCUUAUAUCAAUGCAUAUUUAGUUGGUUUGAUUAAAUUCCAUAUGAAAUUCAUAACUAUUUGAAUAAUGAGCUUAUGAUAGACCUUGAGUGUGUUUUUAUACUAUUUGAUGCCUUUUGGUGUUGUUUUGCACUUUUUAAUGAGAUAAUGCACUCAAUAUGAAUAUGGAUCACCGAGGGACCCAAUGCAUAAGAAGUCGGACGAGAAUACAAGCAUUUGGGCUCAAUUAGAGAUGGAUUUGGACAUCAAAUGCUCUAUAUGGCUAAAAAAGUAGAUAUGCAAGUGCAGCAAGCCCAACCAAUGUAGUAAAAUGUGUGUUUCUAAGCAGAAGCGGAAACUUGAGUAGAAACAUAAAACGUAAAAGCGUAGCGUAAAAGCGUUAGUUUUUGUGUAUUAUAUUAUUAAUCUUCAACAAACUACAUGUCUCAUUUAAAAAUGCACUACUCAUGAAGAUAAAUCUAAUUUGACAAACUUUUAAUAGUGGAGCAAACAUACAACCAAUGCAGUCAAAAGCGCGAUUCUACCUAGAAGCGGAAAAUGGGUAAAAUCGUAAAGCAUAGAAUCAAAGCGCAAAAGCGUAAGUUUUUUAUGCAUAAAGUAUAAUAGCUAAAAUUUGUUAAGUACGACAUAAACUAUGUAAAAUAUGAGUGCACAUAAUUUUAAAAAGUUAAUAAAUACCUCCAAUUCAUGUAUAAAGUAGAGAAACUCAUAGCAUCUUAACAAUAAGUUCAUCAACAUAGGUCUUAACAAUAAGCCACCUUCCCCUCUAUGCUAAUGAAUUUGGGAAUGGCCUAGGUGGCGAAUUAGAUUACUCUAUUGAAUCUGAGAAUGCAUCAAAGUACCUGGUAUGUAUAUUUUAAUAUAAAAAUUAUAUAUCAUAUUGUUGGCCAUUUACCUUUAAAAUAUAUUUUUAUAGUUAAUUUCAUGUAAAGAAUACUCGUUUAGUGAACUAGAAGCGUAAAAGCGUAUAAUAUUUUGGUGAACUAGAAGCGUAAAACCGUAAGUUUUUAAGCUUCAAAACGCAAUUUAGUACGAUUUUAUACACUAAAGAUUUUAUAUGGAAACGAAAGCGUUUUGGUGACCUAGAAGCGUAAAAUCGUAAGCUUUUAAGUUUUAAAGCGUAAUUUUGACUGCAUUGCAUACAACUAAACCAAAUUAUGCAAUAAGGGAAUAAUGAGACUUCUUCAAUCAUAAAAAGUAUAACCAAUUAACAACUACACCUUGUUAUCAACCGUUUUGUUUCAAUCUGGAUGUCCAAUUAAACAAGAUUACUGAGAAUUCUUUUAUUAUGAGGUUCUUCAUCCAUUGAACAUGAUAACAGAGAUUAUUAGUAAAUAUUAAUCACUUACGUCACACAUCAAACAACAAAGUAAUCACUUGAUACAAUUGUGGUGUAACAUCAUCGUCCCUCUUGAACAUGUCAUAUGCCAUGCUUACAUCAAGGUGACGUCAUCCCAAUAUUUGGACAAGCUUUAAAUUAUGACCCAACGGCAAACCUUGAAGGAACCAGAAAAAUUAGGGGGAAUUAGAGUUGGAGAAUUAAGUAGGAAAGAAGAAGGAAGGAUGAGAAGAAUAGAGGAGCUGCGGAAUUUUCGUUUUGCAGAAAGGCAGUGAGUUCAAGCGGGGAUUCCAAAAGUACCAGCAGUUGGAUCGUCCUCAACUUUGAAGGACACGUUUCAUAUCUUUUGGGAUCCAAUCUGAUCGUUCGGAUUGUCAUUAUUAUCUUUGGUUUGUUGAAAAAUAUUGCUAGUUAGGUAGGGUUCGACCUUGUUUUCCUGUAGCUGUGCAGUUUGUUCAGGGGAAGAUUCUAAAGAAACUAACCGUUGGAUCGUCCUCAAACUUUAACGACAAAUUUAAAACUUGUUGUGGAUCGAUUUGACUGUAGCGACCAAUGUUUUGACCAUUGAUUUGUUGGGAGACAAUACUGGACAGAGAGGAUGUGAAAUCGGUUGAAACCCUUCCAACUGGAAACAUACAAAAACGGAUCAAAAGCAAGUUUUUGACCGUUUUAUCGCUUUUUAAAUGCUUUUGCACACAAUACAUUUUUAUUUAGAAACUAAAGCAUUUUGCCUAGUCAGAAACAUUAAAAUAUGCGUUUUUGGGUUUUAAGAUGCGUUUUUUACUACAUUAAGCCCAACAUUGACCAAGUCCAACGGAGUUCUAUAAGUCAAAAUACGCCCAAAUUUGGAGAAGAGGCUACUUUUAGGCCAAGCAACCAAGCCCAAGUGAAAAGGGGUGUCGGCCUCAACUGCCGCUCGUGCCCUAACUCUUGAGAAGCUUCUAGAAUGUCCUUACUUUGUCUCGAAGUUAAAGGAAUCCAAGUUCAAAGCAUAUAAGAAAGGAUCAGUUGACUUUAAGAAGAAAAAGACUAGAAGUUAUUGUUUCUACAAAAAAAAAAAAAAAGACUAGAAAAUCCCCUUCUAUAACUAUUAUAAAUAGGAGGCUAGAUCUUUCAUGCACACCUUUUACCAACAUUCUACCAUAGGGGCACAAGUAGCAACCAUAGUAAGGAGGUGAAAUCCUGCUGGAGCGCGACUAGGAAGAAUUCACCAUCGAUGCUUGUAUCUAUGGUGAUGUUUUGUUUUUUACUUAUCUAUGGCAUGAUAGUUGAUUUGUUUAGGGAAUGCAUGCUUUAUUGAAUGCAUGUCUAUGAUCGUCGAUGCUCCUUAUCAUAUGAUAUUUUGAUUGUUCUAUGUAUAUUAUGAAUGCCACUAUAAUUUAUACUACCAUUAUGGAGACAAGGAAACUCAUCUCGUGUAGUAUAUAGGCAUCAUCUUUAGAUGAUGCUUGAUAAUUUAAAUCAUCGAUGUUAUAGACCAUCGAUUAUGACUCAAGAGGCCCACACUUAAUACUAAAUGUGAUAUCCUAACUUCCUUGUUCUUUAUUGAUUAGGUGAUUACAUGAAGCGUAAGUACGCAUUAGCUAGUCAAAUCUCUAUCGCAAGAGGCACAUACACGGGGUAGAGAACAACCUUAGAGGAAGGGAUAGGGCAUCAUAGUAUAAGAUGCAUAUAUGCAUCUUAGGGAGGAGAAUGUAUGUAUGAUCAUCUAGAAAGCACUACCUAAGCAUUUCUUUCAUUGCCUUGCAUCGUUUUUUAUACUUCUUUCUUGCAUGAGUGGAGUAGAUUUCACAUAAGGGCACCUCAACCCAACUUAGUUUUAUUUUCAAUUGCAUAAUCAUUCAAGCACAUCUAGUUAUGUUUGAGGAGUUAAUAUCCAAAGACCUCGUGGAAUAUGAUCCUAGGACAUGCUAGGAUAUGUAUCAUUUGAUUUCUAGAUCAAGUUUUGGUGUCAUUAUUGGGGAUUUUUUAAAAGUAAUUGAAAGAAACUAACCUCUUGUGUUAGAUUACAUUGGAAAUCUAUUACCUCCUUGUUGUUUUGUUUUGUAGGAAUCGAACUCUAGGGAAGCAUAGGAAGGCAUCCAAGGAAGAGAAUAGUCAAAGCAUCACUUGAAGAAUGAUGAGUUUCCUAUUCUAUUCAAUUGGUUUAGGCCAAAAGAAUCGAAGGUCGAGGCAAGCAACAUCGAUCCUCCUCCACUGCAUUACUAUGAAUGAAGGGUUCGUGAUGAGUGGAUGAGUAGAGAAACAGAUAUAGAAGAUUUGAGGAUACUAAAGAGGAUGGGAUUUCACCCAACAUUGUAGAACAUUAAGCAAGCUAUCGAAGCUAUUGACGCAAGAUACCAGAUCAAGUCAGAACCUCCUAGGAGCAUCGAAGCUAGCACCAAUGAAUAAGGGCCAAAGCCAUUGCUAGAAGUUGUUCAUAUCAUCGAGGAGCAUCCCGAAGCUGAUAAAGGAAGUUCUAAUGAGGUGCAUGAAGGUUUUGGAGAGAUCAAGGAGCACGAAGGGCUUAUGAGCAUGAAAAAUUCGUGGACCAUGAAGAAGAGGAAGAUCAUCUCAAACCCAACCCAUUAGAUAAGGAAGAAGAUGGAAAAAUCAUGGACCAUGGAGAGAAGGAUCAUCAUGAUGCCAACGAACUUAAUGAAGAAAAAUAUUAGUUUAUAACUCAAUCUCAGGAAAGAAAAGGCAAGAGAACCCAUCAAGAAUAUGAAAAGGAUGAAGGAAGUUGCUCACAACAUGAUGAAAGUAUCACACCAACCAUGGAGACCAUGAUCGAGUAUCUUCAACCUAUCAAAGAUAAGAAGAAUGAUCAAACUAUCAAGGAGCCUCAAGAAGAAGAUCAUCUCAUGGCCAACUAAUUUGAUGAGGAAGAAGAUGAUUUUACAACUUUUGAAGAAAGGGAGGACGAGAUACAGUCCUAGGAGUGGAAUUGGAGGAAGAGAGAUGUAGUAUUGAAGAACUUGCACUAAUCCAAACCAUUUUGGAUUCGUGGGAAGAUCUUGAAGGAUUUACACCUGUCAAGGGCUUGAACACUUCCCACACCGUAUUCAAUAUGAAUCUAGGAAUAAUCCACCAACCAAGGCAUCCACCAUUGGAAACAUCCAGAAGGAAGAGUUCAAGUAUGAUGACCCCACUACACCUCUUAUUCGAAGUUCUCAAAACCUUUGGAACCGAACAUUGAAUAAGAGAUUGAUGGAGGAAAAUUCAAACAAGGAUGAUCAACCUUAAAUAGAGUGGUAAGCGUUUGGUUAAUUUCCUUCAUUCUUUAUACUCGAAUAUAGAAGAUGAACCCUCUAAAACCCUUCCCUUUCGAGACAAGGAAAUCUAUUGGGCAAGACGAUGCGAGAAGAAGCAAUAAAAAUGACUUAAGAUG